AUGUACAGCAUUAAUACGGCUAUACAAGGCGUGCUCUCGACUUGCUGCAAGCCUAUGCUGCGCUUCGAAUGCCAUCUCGUCUAUCCGGACCCUCAGAAUCGAAGUCUUCUCGUUACAAAGAAAGAGCUGUUGCUGACAUGCAAGUACGACCCCGCCAAAGUGGUUCCCUACGACGUGCCGAUCCAUGGCGGCAACGCUUGUGAUUCUCAUUGGGACCACUGGAGUGAGAUUUUCCGCCAGCGCGCAGAUGAGGCACUUGCCGUGCGAGAGCCUCAUGACUGCACCAGUGAGCUCGUCAUCGGUUCGGCGACGCAAGCUGUCUAUGACGUCGAGCUCAGCUUGGCAAUGUCUCGACAGGGCGGCUGGAAAAGUGAUCCAACGGCGCUAUGCUAUUUAUCGAGCUUGAAGAGCCAAGCCAUCCGCAUGCGCUGCAACCCAGAAGCGCAUCCGCUGUGCAAUCUGCUCAUCUUCGAAGAGUUCGAGAUUGGCUGCGAAAGCUUGGGCGAGACAUGCGAGGUACACAAAGGCCUGCAAAAGCAAUAUGAUCUUGCCGAGGCCCAUCGAUGA